CACACUAUAAGUGGCUGAGCCGUCUAGCCCGGGCUACUUGUUGGAUGGCCUGAAUUGAAAACGCCAUGAAGCCUCUAGUAUUCGCUAUCACGGUCGUGUUAAUAGUAACAUCAUCUUCUCAAAUGCCUAUAGAAGACUUAGAGGACAUACUGGAUUAUUCAUCACAAGCAUCAACGAGAAUUGAAAAGCGGGACACAUCUAAGCAAAAUGAUUGCAACAACUUUAUAGAGGAAAAGCUGAUCGAACAUGGACAAGCAUUAGGAUAUUUAGUCAAAGUAAUUGAAAACAAUGAAAAAGUAAUUAAACAAUUAGUUGAAAACCUUAGUAAAAGUGCGCAAAAGUCAAAGUUACCAGAAGAAAUUGAGAUACAUAAAGAAACUAGACGUCAUAAUGCAGAGGAGGACAGCGCAGACAAUGAUAGCAUUAUUUUUAGAAUUGGAAAGAGAAUUCCAAAAUAUGGAACACUGUUUAAAAAUGUUAUUCUAAACCAUUUUGAGGACAGGACAGAUCCAAUGCCAUUUUAUGCUAGUGCUAAAUUGUAA